AUGGAAGAUAUUCAUCAUUUAACAAUAAAUGACAAUGAAAGUAAUCAUGACGAUGAAAACUAUUUAAAAACACGAACCAAUUCGGAUUCUAGUCAACAUUCCUAUCACCGUUCAAAUCGUUCAUCACUGUGUCCAAGAAUGCCUAAUAUAAAAGUAUUUGGUGGUUCAUCACAUCCGGAAUUAACAAAAUUAAUUUGCGCUCGACUUGGCUUAGAACCAGGAAGAGUUAUAACAAAAAAAUUUAGUAACCGAGAAACAAGUGUUGAAAUCAAUGAAUCAGUUCGUGGUGAAGAUGUUUUCAUUGUUCAAAGUGGUUGCGGAGAAAUUAAUGACAAUCUAAUGGAAUUAUUAAUUAUGAUAAAUGCAUGUAAAAUUGCAUCAGCUUCACGAGUUACAGCUGUCAUUCCAUGUUUUCCUUAUGCUCGACAAGAUCGAAAAGAUAAAAGUCGUGCACCAAUAUCAGCUAAACUUGUAGCAAAUAUGUUAAGUGUGGCUGGUGCUGAUCAUAUUAUAACAAUGGAUUUACAUGCAUCACAAAUUCAAGGUUUUUUUGAUAUACCCGUAGAUAAUCUUUUUGCUGAACCGGCAGUUAUACGUUGGAUAUCUUUACAUAUACCAGAUUUUAAAAAUGCUGUUAUUGUUAGUCCUGAUGCUGGAGGUGCUAAGCGUGUAACAUCAAUUGCUGAUCGAUUAAAUAUUGAUUUUGCACUUAUUCAUAAAGAACGAAAACGAGCUAAUGAAAUUGAUUCAAUGGUACUUGUCGGUGAUGUUACAAAACGAAUUGCUAUAUUAGUUGAUGAUAUGGCUGACACAUGUGGAACAUUUGAAUGUGCAUCACAAAAGUUAUUGAGUGCAGGUGCAAGUAAAGUUUACGCUAUUUGUACACAUGGAAUAUUUAGUGGACCAGCUGUGUCAAGAAUAAAUAAUUCUCCAUUUGAAGCUGUUGUUGUUACAAAUACUAUUCCACAAGAAGCAAAUAUGCAAAAUUCAAAUAAAAUUCAGGUGAUUGAUGUAUCGAUGAUGUUUUCGGAGGCAAUUCGUCGUACGCAUAAUGGUGAAUCCGUUUCCUAUCUCUUUACUCAAAUGCCACUUUAA